AUGGGAAUUACAGUGUCCAAAAGAAAGAAGAAGAAUGUCAGGAACGAGGAGGUAGUGUGCUGUGUCAUGGUUCAUUGAAAACGUAGUUAUAAGACUGGCAUGGUUAUGAAGCCCAAUAAACUCCUUCUUUAUGUGGCUUUUAUGGACUCAAAGGUUCACAACAUCAAAUAGCACUCUUACUAACCAAUAAAAACAUCGCUUUAAAAUAUUCCGUUACACUUUGUGCAAAAAAAAAAAAAACAACGACAACAAAGGAUUGUACACCAUCACACAGUUCCUAACAUAAAUUUUUUAACAACAUUGUUGUUUUUUAAUUUGACGCUUGCCCGCGGCUUUCAUAACCUGUGUCCUUUAGUAACUAUUGUUAAAAGAAUGGAUAUUUUGCAGUUUUUCUUACCAGUGACGGUGAUGCUGACUCACUGAUACUAUUAUUCCUAGAGUAAGUUAAUUUUCAGGUGUUAUAUCAUUUUCUAAUAAACUUUACAUCUGUGAAAGAGAAAUUUAAUUGCCGGGCAUACCAAAUAACUUUUGCAUUAGUCAGUCAUGCGGUGCCAUUUUUCAGUAUCUUUCAAAACCUGGACCAAGGCACACAUUAGGUUGGUUUGUAAAGGACAGAGACAAGUUUGAUUCAGCCUCUGCACUAAGCAGCUGAAUCCUUUUUGGCACUGAUAGAGCUUCGAAAUAACACAUGUCAGUUCAGUCGAAAAGAAAACCUUGGAAAAUUCCCAGAGUAGACUGAACAUUUCAGAUUUCUGUAUUUACGCUGUUUUAAAUAAGUUUCAUGAUAUCGCUGGCAAGGAGAAUGAAAAGCAUUUAUCAAGAUGACAUUUUUUAAUUUGUAGGCUGGGGAGAAGCAACGAGACCCCAACAGUGCUGAAGGUGAAAGACAUGAGGACGAAAGGGAAGACUCUGCAGAAGAACAAAUGUUCGAUGAUAGCGAGGGAGAACAACUGGGGCAAGUAGAAGAGGAGGGCAGCGACAGUGACAACAAAAGCAAUGAGGCAGAAGAUGAAGAUAAUGAACCACAAAACGAAGAAGACGAGAAGAAUGAAGACGAUGAUCGAGAAGAAGAAGAAGAGGAAGAAGAAGAAGAAGAAGAAGAAGAAGAAGAGGAGGAAAACGCUAAUGAAGAAGAGAAGAAAACAAAAUUGCUUGCUAAUUACAGUGAAAAGCUACAGAAGGCCUUGAUGGGUGACCUUAAUAGUGACUUUCCAGAUAAUGUCAAGAUUGUUCGAAUCUUCACCAGCUCGACUUUCACGGGUAAAUAGAUAACAUAAUAUCAGAUUAUUGUGAAUUCAUCAGUGUACGAGAGAAACAAUGGUUGUUAUGGCCUCUGAUUAAUUUUUGACUCUUUACAUUUGGUUGCAAGUAGUGUAUCUAAAGGUGAACAACACUUCUUCAUUUGCAUAGUAAGGAAUGUAAAACAUACUGUGACAAGCACAUCCAAAGCAUCGGACUUUCACAGAAUCAAUUUAAAUGAUUUGAGUACAAUUUGGUACUCCUUGUUGCAGCGCAGCGUCCUUGUGGAAACCAUGUAUAUGAGAAUAAAGUAUCACUCCCUUUUCAGAUACUUCGGUGGAGCGUAAUACCCUGAUGGAGCGAGUGUACCCUCGACUCAAGUCCUACUGUCAAGAGAGAGGCUAUGACUUUCAAGUGGUGGACAUGAGAUGGGGGGUCCGAGAUGAGUCUACUGAUGAUCACAUGACCACUGAACUCUGCAUGAGAGAGCUGCGAGCCUGUCAAAAGCUAUCCACAGGACCAAACUUCAUUGUAAGUUUAAUAUCUGCAAGGAUCUCCUAUCUAAAUACCAGGAGUGAGCCAGUCAUAGAUCUUUGUUAGAGAGUUUAUAAUGUCGUUUUCCAUCCCAAGACAAGCUUAGAAUACAGACCCCUUUUAAGGUGAGUCCACCUGACUCGAAUCUCGACAGAGAUUCACAGAGGAUAGAAAAGGAGCGUCAAAAGGAGUGCGCCUUCAAGAAAUGAGCAAACCAGAUUUCUCAAGAACUUGUAAAAGUAUUAUUCAAUGUUCGGGUUUAUUUCAUUUUCAGACUUUUUUAGGACAAAAGUACGGCUACCGUCCCUUUCCAGCCACAAUUGCUGCAGCAGAGUUUGAGAAGCUCCUUGGGGCAAUUGACACAAAAGAAGAUCUUCAACUGCUCAAACACUGGUUCUGGCGAGAUGACAACGCAGUUCCCGCUCAAUAUUUGUUGCAGCCAAUUACGUCAUUGCUGCCUGAUUAUCGCAACUUCGAAAACAAAGAGUUACGUAAGAAGGCGUCCUCUGAUUGGUGGGCAGCGUUUGAGAGAAUGCAGGUUGUUUUGAGAAUGGCUGCUGAGAAAGUUCUGACAAACAAGAGAGAUCAACAUAAAUACCAACAGUCAGGUACA